AUGCAGGUUGUUAGAAGGAUCCCAUCAGGAGAAGGUACAGAGAUGCGCAGUGAAAGAUCCGAGACGAACCGGGUCAGACGUAAGAGUCACGUGUCAAGCUUGAGAGUUAGACAGCCUUGCACGUGUUCAGGACGGCCUGGCUCUUCCAAGUGCGUGCGCCACGGGUUUAUGGUGCCAAGCGACGAGAAGCUUAUGAGGAAGGCGAGUGAUGGAAGCAGAGAGGUGUUGAAGAGAGCUUUGACUCCUCCAAUACGGCGGAUGAAUCUCCGGUGGUUGAAUUUCCGGCCAACACCUAGCCGACUCUGUAAAAUGUCUUUUGUUUGA